GGAGGUGAGGAGGAGGAGGACAUAACUCUGUCAAAAGGACACUAGAGGACAGGAGUGGGAGAAGAGGACGAGGAAGGAGAGAGAGGAAAAGGGAGCGCAAGAAGCAGGUGUUGCAGCCAUGUCAGACACACCUUUGCAGCGGAACGGCACGGCAAACGCCCCGAUGUCGUGUGAGGAGGCUCAACUCCACAAAGAGAGGCUGCAGGCCUUGGCGGAGAAACGGAAGCGGCAAACUGAAAUUGAUGAUAAAAGAAGCCAGCUUGAUGACCUGCUGCUGCAGCUCCAACAUGUCAAGUCCAAAGCUAUGCGUGAGCGGUGGCUGCUCCAGGGCAUGGGAGUGGAAGAAGAGGAGGCACGGCGGAAACAGCUGGAACAAGAUGAAGAGCAAGGGAAGAGGCUGGAAGACAUGAUACACAGGCUCGAGUCUGAAAUCGGUGCACUCGAAAGUGAAGAGUCUCAGAUUUCAGCCAAGGAGCAAGUUCUUCGAGAACGCCUGAAGGAGACAGAGCGCUCGAUAGAAGAGCUGCAGAAGAGUCUGAUGUCGCAGGAUCAAGAUGCCACUGGCUGCAUGUCUGCUCCUCUCUCGGACCGCAUGGACCCCGAUCCCAACCACCUCGCCCUGGCCACGCAGCACCAGACUGGCCCACCUGCCCUGGGCGACAACGCCAGACCAAGACCUGCCAUGUUUGCCAUGGAGAUCAACGUGCAGCACGACCCGCAGACUGGUGAGCAGCGCAUCCUCUCGGCCAACCGCGUGAACCCGUUGGAUGCAGCUUCACGUGGGGUCAAAGUCUACGACGAUGGCAGAAAAGUGGUCUAUGAGGUCACUUCCUCUGGGGGCGUGUCCACCACCACCGUAGAGAAUGGCUGGAGCUCUGAACAGGUUGACCAGCUGAUCCAGAGAGCUGCCAGACCUGUAGUACAAGGCGGGGACGGCGGGAGGGGUCAGGUGACAGUGACUCCAGCUGCCCCACAGGCAUAUGUUUCUCCAGCAGAUGUUGAUGAUCUGUCCCCACCCUCCUGUGCCCCGCCAUCCAUCCCUUCUAGCCCACCAGCCCAGGUUACACUCCAGAGGGAAAGCCGUCUGGGCAUGAUGCCCCCCUCCUCUGCUGCCGUCACGACCCAACCAACAUCCUCAGGCCACCCGGGCACCGAGCUCACUUCCCCGCCCCAGGCGAGCGUGGAGCACCCAGUCACCAUGGUGUUCCUCGGCUACCAGGACGUUGAAGACAUGAGCGAGAGCAGACAACUGUUGGGAUUCGACGGCGCUGUGAAGGCUGAGGUUGUUCUCAUCGAUGAAGAUGAUGAGAAAUCACUGAGAGAGAAAACAGUCACCGACAUCUCCGUCAUCGACGGCACAGCAGCAGACCUCGUGUCGGGCCGGCCAGUCACGUCUGAAGCUGUCAGCACCGAACUGUCUUCUGAUGGCCGUGAGCCUGACAGUACCUCCUCACCCCCUGCAAAUCCAGAAGCCAACACGGUCCCCCCACCCGGCCUCACCCCUGCUACAGUCUACAAUCAGACAUCUGGAGUUACUUUGACAACGGCAAAUGGAUGUCAAUCUCCAACUGCAAACACAAAUCUUCACACUGCUAUGAAAUCAUGGCAAGCAGAGGAUGUCAGUGACUCAGUCCCGAGAGAGCGAGCCCUGAAAACUGUCAGUUUCCAGGAGUCAGUCAGCGUUAUCACUGACAGGCCUGCAGCCAUGGAACUGGAGAGCCAGCAGAUCCAGCACGACUGUCUCAGCAGUCCCUGUAACAGAGCCCACAGUCCAGUUGGAAUGAAAGUAGAGACUCCUGACUGUGAGGUAGUGCAGGAGAUCUGCUACCUGGACCAGGUGUUAGAUGCAGCCUCAGACACACCCACAAAUGGGAACUCCUCUCUGUCACGUCACACCAAACCCAUCAGCAUAGAUGGAACUUCUCCUUCUGUGUGUGUGUCACCCUCCUCCCCUGUCAAUCACCACUCGAUCGUUGUGGAGGGACAAAAACAAACCACGUUUCUCCACCAGGACGAGUCUGCCGUUAAAACCAACGGGCACGCGCAGGGAGACGAGUCUGGGGGCAGCAGGGCAAAGUUUGAGCUGCGAGCAUUUCAGGAGGAGAAACGCCCGGCCAAGCUGUUCACCCCUGGAGAGGAGCAGCAGGUCAGGGUGACGAGGAGACGUCCCUCAGAGGAGGUUCAGGAAUUGGAGCGUGAGCGUCAGGAGCUGAUCAGAGACCAGGCAGUGAAGAAAAACCCUUCGAUUGCUCAGCGCUGGUGGAACCCUCCUCAGGAGAUCCCUUUGGAAGAACAGCUAGAGGCAGAUAAGCUCGAGUCUCUCAGGAAGUACCAGGAGAGGAAACAGCAGCGGCAUAAUCACACUUAUGCAUACACACAGCCUCAGGUGUCAGGCCCUCCCACAGUGGUAACCCUUGAUUCGGAGCUAACCAGGAAGGAGGACAUCGUGGAGGAGCAGAUCAACUUCUCCUCUGCUAGGAAGCAGUUUUUGCAAGGGGAGGCUACCAAGAAGGAUGUAGCUCCUCAAAUAUACUCUGCCAAACCCUUCUCGAAAUCCACAGCCAGGGGCAGCCACGGGAGCAGUGACAUUGUUGCAGAAACUGGGGAGACGCACGUGACCUGGUCUGAUGAAAGAACUAAAGAUGAAUUCACAUGUGCGCUAGCUGUGAUGACAAUCCUACCUGAGGAAGAGGAAGCAAAAGGUCAUUUUCAUCCAGCUUUUCACCCAGAGGAGUCUGACUCAGGACUGGACGAGUUAUCAGUCCGCUCUCAGGACACUACUAUAUUUAGCUUGGAUAAUGUUUCUGACAGCGGGGCUUCGCUACCCCCUACCCCAUUGCCACUUACCCCUGUGUCACCACCUACCCCUCAGCCAACUACUCCAGUCAACGGGCAGAUGAGUGGCAGUCCAACAGAAGAUGAGCUGGAGUACCACGCUGGGGUUCUUGUUCAAAAUGCCAUCCAAAACGCCCUAGCAGCUGAAAACGUAGAAGACUGGCAGCAAGCUGACUUGAAUUCUUCACAGCUGAGUACCCCUGCAUCUCCAUGCUCUGUAUCCACAAGCAGCCCAGUGCCAGUUUCUUCCUCCCCUGUGUCUUCUGGUGGAGCCCCCAGUUUCCAGUCACCUGUGUCCUCCAGUCCUGCGCCAUCCAACUCAUCCCCACAGCCAGACAGGCAGCCAGUGGUGAGAGUUGUUUCCCAAGAGAAGCCAUCAGAAUCACAAGAGGCUCAGAAGCAACAGCAGUCCCCAAGACCAGCACAAUCACAGCUCCAGACGCCUUCUCCUCCACCGUCUCAGCCUGUCUCACCACCACAGAGGCCCAGAGACGGAGGUCCCAGGAUUAAAAUCCAGUCCUCCUACACCAGAGCGCUUGCUUCAUCAGCUCCAGCCCCAGCUCCUGCGCCUGUGCCUGCUCCUGCCACAACAGCUCCUGUCUCUAGGCCAACCCCUGUAUACCGUCCCCCGUCUCCUCCAAGCCCAGAGAAACCAGAGUUCAGCUACUUCAGUAAAUACUCAGAGGCGGCUGAACUGCGUAGCACGGCGACAGCAGCGCGAGGGCCAGAGGUGGAGGCGGCUAGCGGCCCGUUCCGCCUGCGCUCCAAGAAGCAGCGAACUCUGUCCAUGAUUGAAGAGGAGAUCCGAGCAGCUCAGCAGAGAGAGGAAGAACUGAAGAAGCAGAGGGAGGUGCAGCCUACCGUUGUUGUCCGGCCCAGCGGCACUUCCAGCAGUAGUCAGGGACCUGUGAGGACGGGGAUGCGGCACGCCACUAUUUCCCCCACAGAUAAGAUGAAGAGCAACAGUUUGCCAACUAGACUCACAUUGACAGCACGGACAGCGCCAGGAAAGAUUGAGAAAGUUCGACCUGCGCCACCUGUCUCCCCCUCGACCUCUGAAGGAGCCCUGUCUGAUGCUGGCAGCGAGGACUCUGGAGGAUCACGACCCAAAAACUUCAUGCAGACUCUUAUGGAAGACUACGAAACACACAAAGUGAAGAGGAGAGAGAAAAUUGAGGACAACAGUUAUGCCCGUUUGUUGCUGGCUAACGAGGUAACCACUGAGGUUCUGGAGGCCACUCGUGUGACCAGGAGGAAAAGCGACAUGGCGCUGAAGUGGGAAGCCGGCAUCUAUGCCAAUGAGGAAGGCAAGGAAGAAGAGGAAGAGGAGGAGGAAGAAGAGGAGGAGGAGGAGUAAAAAACUCCCUUCAGAGACAACUAACAAGCCAAUUGGAGAGAAUGAAGGAAGAGAAAGACUGAAGGAAAAGUGAGAAAGCAGGAAGGAAAACUAUUUAUUUUAUUAAGAGUAUCUGAAGAUCACAUGACCCCAGCAGUGUGAACCAGUGGGGCUUUUUGGACCUGAAAACUGAAGGUAUAUUAGCAUGUUAAGUGGCUGAGGAUGUGGGAAAUAUGUGAAGGUGGUCAGCAAUAAAAGAGACACUUCAAAGGUGUUUGAUGGUGGUUUUAGAGCAACGUUUAGUGUUUUUGAUAGAUGGUAGAUGCUAAAUGACUGAAAUAUUCUUAGGAUUUUUCACCUUUAUGCUAUUAUUCAAAUAAGAUCUAAAGCUUUUAUUUUGACUGGUUGCCUGAGACUCUCUGAUGGUGGUUUCAUCUGCGCGUGCUAUAUAAUAACCACAGUCAUCCUCUGAAAGUGUGGAAAGCUUUUAAUCAAGAGGACGAUAUAAAAGAUAGGCAGAUGCAGCUAUUCAAAAAAAGAAAGUUCUGAGAGGAAGUAGACAAGGAGAGGCCAGAUCACCCUCUUAGUUUUUGUAAUUUCAGAAAUACUUUUACCUGGAUUUACUACUGGAAAGCUGCUGUGUUUUCCAAGAACCGAACCGAAAGGUGCCCCAAAGCGUCACUUUCAGAGCCCAUAAUGGCACAGUGCAGAUAUGACACAAGUUUGACACGCUUGCCAGGAGCUUUUGCCUUCUUGUCAAGCAUCUUUACUGAAUUUUGAGCAGUCAGCAGCCUUUUUGUGUUAAAUGCUAGUCAAGAAAUUAGCAAAACUAGCAAAACUAAACUUGCCUUAGACCGCCAGUGCGUGUCGGUGAACGGUAUGUAUUGUAUCCUCUCCUAUCCUGCAUUACUACACUGUCGGUAGACCUUAGGGAAAAUAAGCAACCACCUUAGAUAGAAAG